AUGUCUCACGAUGCCAGAUACCAAGAGGAGGCAGAGCCGUUGAUCGGCGACUGCGAGUUGGCGCAGGCCGACAUAGGCGACGACGAAAAAGAGUCCGUCGCGUUGCACGGCGACCCUGCCAAGCAAUCCCUGGGAGCACUCUUCACAACUUCGUCGCCUGUAUCUGAGGACCCAGGACUACACUCGGCUUCGGCGGCCUCUGGGUUCACAUCGAGUUCCAGCACCCCAAGACCCAAUCCUUCGACUGUGCCCAUAAAUGGAACUGCGCCCAUCACCGCGCUUAGAGGGGGCCCGGAACACGGCCUGAGUGUCAUGUCUGUCGAUCUCGGCUUCGGGAAAUAUCAAGCCUGGUUAUGGUCUCUAAGCAGCAACGGCACGCUUUCAAGGAGGGAAAUAGAAUCCCAGACCCAGUGGAAGAUAUUCGAGUCUCCCAAAUUUCUCACGACACCGGUCAUCGCGACGGCCGAUACAUCUGGCAGUAUGUUGCAUGUUGCAUUCGCCAUAGAGGCAUCCACCGGCCAUCUGAUGUAUAGUAUAUACAAAAGGAGUCUACAAGAGGGCACAUGGGUAGGCAUGUGGGAGGACGAACAGGGCUGGCGAAGCUUGGGUGGCAGAUUCGUCUACCAGCCUACAGUAAGCGUCAGUGUGAGCAGCGCCAUCGAUGUCUACGUCGUCAACGAAGGUGGCGAGCUCUGGCGAACCUCCUUAGCGGGGCUCGUCCCAUCGCCUAUCUGGGAUGAGUGGGUAGUCAUUGGUAGUGGUUUCACAGGAGAGGUUUCUGUGGACAACGCUGUUGCCUACAACAGUUUGAGACCGAUCCAUGUUGCUGCCCUCAAAGACGGACAGUAUCAAUACGCCUCUUCAUUCCACGGUUCAUACCACCGGCCUCAAAAGUGGGAGAGCCUCGGUGUUCCGCGGACGUGCCUCGGAAAAGAGCUUGGCUAUCCUAACAUCAUGGCCACCGGUGUUGACUUGGCCGAAGUCUUAGUCGUGUGCAACGGGCAGGUUUGGCAAAAGAUGUACAACGGCAGUUGGUCGGAGGAGUGGGUUUCAAUUGACGAAAGAUCGGGACUUGAGCACGUUACACAUGGUCAUUCUCUCUCUUCGGGGAGCCUCUUCUCUCGAAUCGCCGACGGAUGCAUUGCUCAAAUUGACCGUGAGCUGACCAAAGAGUCUGGCUGGGACUGGAGUUCAUGGUGGAUAUCGAUGUGCCCUAACCAGCGGCAGAGAAUGACUCGAGAGGAGGCAUCGAGCUCGUCAAUGGCGAUACACGAUGUCCAUGGGAACAGAUUCGAUAUGUUCUACGACGAAGUUGAUGGUAGUCUGUGGUACUCCACAUGGUAUGGGUCGGCUAAGCAGGGCAAGAGACCAAAUCGGAAAAUAAUCAGUUCGCCUCUGUAA